AUGUGGAGGAGGAAAACGAAACACAAGUUCAAGAAUCGUAAAGAAAAUGCAAAAAGAGUUGAAUUAAGUGGAGGUAAAGGAAGCUCUUUAGCGGUACUCAAGGGUUUGAGCGAAAAAUUAAUCAAGGAUAAUUAUGAAAACCCAUUCAAAGUCCCGAAUGGUGUGAUUGUCACCACAAAUGCUUAUCAAAGACUUCUUCGCGAAUACAAAGACUUGUCUCAAGAGAUCCAAGAGUUGGAAGAAUCGACUCAAUUGUCGACAAAAGAAUUGAAGACUAAAUGCGAGUUACUAAAACUCUGUUUUGAGAAACGGCACUCUAGAAGGCCACGAAGGGAGGACUCGGAGGAGAUGUCAGCCGCGGGACAAAUGACGACAUAUUUGGGAGUCAAAGGUCUGGAAGAGAUCUACUCAUCGGUUUACUUCACGACCAGCAGAGUCAAGAGCUUAUCAGGCUACCGACAGCAGUAUGUUCUCUACCAACCGACGCUUAGCCGCCCUCAACUGUUCACUUGUGAUCCCAUCACCGGUGAUGAGAGGGUUCUCGAGAUUACCGGCAAUUAUGGGUUGGGAGAAUCAGUGGUGUCCGCGUCUUCAGAACCGGAUUCAAUCAAACUUUCCGUUAAUAUUGAGUCCAACUCUCUGUCCAAACGAAGACAUAUCACCGGAAUUGAGUCGAAAGUGAUCGGACAGAAGAAGACAUUAAUAAAACUCUUGGAAAAUGGAGGGACUGUUGAGGAAGAGGUUAUCGACAGAAGUAAUUGUUGUGUCAGUGAUCGGGAUUUGUUACGUUUGGGUGAUAUUGGACUUGAGAUUCACAAACACUACGGAAAUGCGAGAGAUAUAGAGUGGGGUCUAAUGUUGAGGAGGAGUGAUCGGGAUUUGUUACGUUUGGGUGAUAUUGGACUUGAGAUUCACAAACACUACGGAAAUGCGAGAGAUAUAGAGUGGGGUCUAAAAGGGGGCCAAAUAUUUAUGCUUCAGUCGAGACCCGUAACUAAUUUAGACAACUCUUACACCGACUACGAGAUUAUGCAUGAAUUGGAUUCAUCUCAUCCGUCAGAGUUUGAAAUCACCUCCCGGGCCCAUUGGGGUGAGAUGUACCCUGGUGCCUCAUCUUGA